UGUGGAUUAACGGUGCGGGAGAGGCGACCGGCGAGGAGCACCGAGGAUCAGCGGGACUGUACCGGCAAGAUUUCGGCGUGAGUGACCGGACGACAGCUUUACCGGGACGUUAACUCGUCUUUAUUUUCUUUUUCUUCUUUUCUUUCUUCUUUUGUUCCCUCGCAUUCCAGACUGCAGAGGAGACGCAAAGAGUCGAGUUAACAGAGGGAGAGCGACGUAAACAGAGACUCGGAGACUGAGAGAGAGAGAGAGAGAGAGAGAGAGAGAGAGAGAGAGAGAGAGGAGAGAGAGGGAGGGAGAGCUAGAAGCUCGCGCCUGUGAAGUGAAAAUCCAAAAAUCCGUUAUUGCACCGGUUUAACGGUCUCCAAAGAAAGCAGGAAAGGGACUACUGUGGAUUUUCCAGGAGUGUCUAAUAACCGACAAACUCUGCCCCAACCCGCGGGAAUGUUCUACUGGAAUAUUUAGACUUUUUCCGCCCUUUUACCUGGGAUAUUUUCUCUUCUAGUGGAAUUCUUCCUAUUUCACCUGCGCGAGGAGAGCGCCGCGAGGAGGGAGAGGAGGCACUGCCGGGAAGAAGAGGGCAGAAAAAGAGAAGAAAAGAAGCGCCUGGGAAGAGUUGGAGGGUGGGGGGGCAGGGAAUCAUUUCAGGUUCUCUCGGAUGGGAUUCUUCCCUCACCCCGCGGAUGGAGGGAUGAAACCGGGAGAAAAAGACGGGGAGAGAGAGAAAGAGAGAGGAGGGAGAAGAGGAGGAUGUAGCCGUCGGGCGCUGUGAGCAUGCAAAACGGACGCACCCCUCUGGAAGACCGGAUUGAACUAUAAACCCGUACGGAAUUUACAGCCACCCAAAGGAUAUUACACGCACUUCCCUCGAUAUCCACAUAUAUGGGGCGCGUUCUCUUAUCUGGAGCCUAUUUGUGUGGAGUUACAACUAUAAUCACCACCGUCCUUCUCAUUAUGGGAUUUGGGAAGAUAAUUGCGACCUGACACUGAACGAAGGAACCGUAACACCCGGAAAGAGCUCCACAGCUGGCAGCCAAUCACUUGGGGAGGCGGGCCCUACAGUACUACAAUGAGGAUUGCAGUGAGGACGUCAUAACUGAACAUUGAGUGAAAACAGAAAAGAAGAUUUUGGACCUUUACCCUCAUCCAUGAUGUUAGAGCCGUGGUAACAUGUGAAUCCUGAAGAAGAGUGUUAUUCGCUUUUACAUCUCUGAAGGCGUCGUGUCCAGGUGGGGUGGUAACCAUGGAGAGGCUGUUGCUGUGUGUGAUGCUGGCAGUUGCCAUGGCAGUGCGGGCACAGAUCUGCCCGAAGCGCUGUGUAUGUCAGAUCCUGUCACCCAACCUGGCAACCCUCUGUGCCAAGAAAGGUCUACUGUUUGUACCGCCGAACAUUGACAGGCAUACAGUGGAGCUGCGGCUGGCUGACAACUUUGUCACAAGUGUAAAGAGGAAAGAUUUCGCAAACAUGACACGGUUGGUGGACCUAACCUUAUCCAGAAACACCAUCUCCUACAUCACACCUCAUGCCUUUGCCGAUCUGGAAAACCUCAGAGCUCUACACCUCAACAGUAACCGACUGACGAGGAUAGGCAACGAUACAUUCAGCGGGAUGUCAAAGCUUCACCACCUCAUUCUAAACAACAACCAGCUGGUGCUGAUCCACCAGGGAGCAUUCAAUGACUUGCUGGCGCUGGAAGAACUCGACCUCAGUUACAAUAACCUGGACUCUAUUCCUUGGGAGGCCAUCCAGAAAAUGAUUAGCCUCCAUACGUUGAGUUUAGACCACAACAUGUUGGACUUCAUUCCAGAGGGGACCUUUUCCCUGCUACAGAAGCUGAACCGGCUGGACGUCACCUCUAAUAAACUCCAAAAGCUGCCACCAGACCCACUUUUUCAACGAGCACAGGUCCUGGCCACGUCAGGGAUCAUGACCUCUACUUCGUUUGCGCUGUCAUUUGGUGGGAACCCUCUCCAUUGUAACUGUGAGUUACUGUGGCUGCGAAGGCUGAACAGAGAGGACGACCUGGAGACUUGCGCUUCACCCCAACACCUCUCUGGCCGAUACUUCUGGUCCAUCCCUGAAGAGGAGUUUCUCUGCGAGCCUCCACUCAUCACCAGAUACUCCCAUGAGAUGAGGGUGCUUGAAGGGCAGAGAGUUGCACUCAGGUGUAAGGCAAGAGGUGACCCAGAGCCAGCCAUCCACUGGAUCUCUCCUGAGGGUAAACUGGUAUCAAACUCCUCCAGAACAUUGGUCUACACCAAUGGGACUCUGGACAUCCUCAUCAGUACUGUGAAAGACACUGGCUCCUUCACCUGCAUCUCCUCGAACCCUGCUGGUGAAGCCCACCAGACAGUAGACCUGGUUAUUAUAAAACUCCCGCACAUUUCCAACAACACCAACAACAUCCAGGAGCCAGACCCAGGAUCAUCAGACAUUUCCACAUCAACCCGAGGCGGAGCCAACGGGAGCAAUGUGACAGGUGAUGUGAAGGGCGGAGUGGAUAAGAGGGUGGUGACGGCUGAGGCCACCUCGUCAACAGCACUGAUCAAGUUCAACUUCCAGAGGAAUAUUCCAGGCAUUAGGAUGUUCCAGAUACAGUACAACGGGAGCCAAGAUGACUCGCUGGUUUACAGAAUGAUCCCCCCAUCAAGCAAGAACUUCCUGGUCAACAACCUGGCCGCAGGGACCCAGUACGACCUCUGCGUGCUGGCCAUCUACGAUGAUGUCAUCACCUCGCUGACAGCCACACGUGUGGUCGGCUGCGUGCAGUUCACCACCGAGUCAGAGUACAUGAGGUGUCAUUUUAUGCAGUCUCAGUUCCUCGGCGGGACUAUGAUCAUCAUCAUCGGAGGGAUAAUAGUGGCCUCUGUGCUCGUUUUCAUCAUUAUAUUGAUGAUACGGUACAAGGUGUGUAACCCUGGUGAGGGGGGUAAAGGUGUUUCGAUGUCGAUGACCAACGUUCACUCACAGACCAAUGGGCAGCAGUCACAGGGAUGCACUGUGACUCCCAGCGCCUCCAAACACGGCUCAAUCGGAUUAGACGACCUCUCAGGAGGCUCAAAGAAAAGGAGCGGAGCAGGAGGAGGAGGCGGCAAGGAUACGAUGACUCAGUCGUCCGACUCUUCCCUGCCUGACUGCUCCACUGCUACGUCCGUUCUCAGCCAGCCUUGGGCAGCCAGAAGCCCAACAGCUGGAGGCGAGGAACAGGAGAAAGCAGGUGAAGAGAGAGCUGUCAUCUCGUCACCCACCGCCGCCACCGGUUCACUAAACAAGCCAAAGCGGAAGCCCGCUACGAGUAAGCCAGGCUCCGCUUGCUCCAACACCACGGCUACUACUGAAAAUCUCCCCACCUCCACCCCUCGCCCUCCUUCCUCCUCCACCUCCUCCACUGCCUCCUCUGCUCUCCUCCCCUCCUCCACCCCUCUGGAGAACCUCAACACCAACCGCAACAACUCCACCUCUCUCAACCAAACCCCGCCUCCCUACGCCCCCUCUCCUUUCUCCAGCCCUCUUGCCACCCCGAGCCCCGUCCCCUCCAUCCGAUUCAGAGAGACGCCCAUCCUACGUAGGGCUCCUCGGGCCUCCUCCUCCACCCCUGCCAAGUACCAGACUCUCCCCGUGGAGGAGGGAGGGAGGAGCAGGGCGAGGAGGAGGUACUCCCUCAGUGAAGGAGGCAGCUCAAAGACUCACUCGUCCCAUCAGGGCGGAGGAGGAGGGCCGCCCAAAUUAGGGCGCAUAAUGCGGAACAAAAGGAGCCAAUCAAUGAGCGGGAUGCUUCUACCGAAAGACGGGGAGGGAGACUCGGACAAAGGGCGGUGUGAUUCGGACUGGAUCUUAGAAAGCACAGUUUGAACUGGAAUGAGACAGCAACCAACAAACUUUGGUUUAUUCAUUAUUGUUCAUCCUUUGUAUGAGUGUGUGCCUGCAGUUAUAUAUAUGUGUGUGUGUGUGUGUGUGUGUGUGUUAGUUUGAAUUUGUUUAGAGGUGUGUGAGUGAAGGCUAACAAACAAAGGUGUGUUUGUGACAUAUGAAACAGUGCGUGUGUUGUGCGUUUUUGGUGUGUGUGUGUGUGUGUGUGUUCAUGUCGGAACCUUUUGUUUAUAGAUGUGUGAGUUGAUGAUCGUGUUUUUCUGGGUGAAAGCGUGAGCAUACUUUUUCUUUUUCAGCCAGUUAUUUUUGUAUCGUUUUCAUAUUUUAUUUCUCCACAAUUCUUUGUAUUCAGUUUACAGUUUGUUUUUUUUUCACUUUGACAGUUUCCUAUCUGUUUUUCAGUCGGUCAUUCGGCGGGUGGAUAAUUUGCGUUGUCUCGUAACGUCCUUGAGUUGUCUCGUUGGUUCCACUUUAUAGCACAAAAGAAAACAAGACAAUGGGCUCGCCACGUCAUUUCCCGAUUCACACUCACCUUAUCUGAAAAUACCACGAAAAGGGAAUUAUUACAGGAAAAAAAGAGGAAUAAAAAAACAAUCCAAGAACUGAAAAGCACACCAUUCUUACGCUCACACGCCGACAGGAAGUGUGUGUCCAUACCGUGGCAAGAGAACAGCAGUCGGUGCCUUCUUUUGCACUAACAGACCCUCUGACAGAUGAUAUAACCGGAUCUAGGACUCCACCACGCUCCACAACGAGGGAUUAGGACGAAGGGGACGGACAAAGGAAGAGAGAGAUUUCACACAUAGCCUUUCUUACCUACUGAGGAGUACAGACGUUUCUUGACAUGUAGACAGACACAAACUGAGACAAAAAGUAACAAACAGACGAAGACUUAACGUAUCUCCUAUGAAAUUGAUAUUUUUUAAAGGGAAGAAUUAAAAAAAAAAAGAACAUAAAAACCUUGUGAGCUUUUCACUGACAUUGGUAUACUACAGCCUGUGUUGGUCACAAGCUCCUGGAAAGCUUCUGUACAGAAAAAGACAACAUGUACUGUGUUGUUAUGUUGUGUAAAAUAAAAAAGGGAUAAAAUGAAA